CUAGAGUCGGAUUCGACUGGCUUUCGAGCAAGGGAACCUUUACCUUUACCUCUGUUGCAUCUGUCAACCAUUAUCAUUCCUGCCAGCCAGCAAGGAAGCCCAGUAAAGCCCAACAGGUUUCUCUCACCAGUCCUGAGAACCAAGGCUUCUCUUGAACAUGAUGAGGGGCCUUCGUGAGUGCUCGUUCCUUCUGUUUUCCUUGUGUGGCAUCACCUCAGCUCUGCAGUGUACUGUGGUGCCAGGAGUUCUCACACAGAUCGAUGCCAGCAACGGACAAGUCUUUGGUGUGAACAGAGCAAGCAAUAUUUAUACCCUGUACGGAACCACAUGGACCCAAUUACCAGGCUUAUUGACCCAUGUCACAACCGGUUUUAAUGGCGUCUGGGGUGUGAACUCGAAUUACAACGUCUAUAGACUGGUGGGCGGCAACUGGAAGCAGGUUACAGGCUUGCUGAAACAAAUUGAUGCAGGUGGAAGCAAUUUUAUUGUUGGAGUCAACAUGUAUGAUGACGUCUAUUGCCUACCCAAAUCAUCAGCUAUCGCUGCUGAUGGCAACUCAGCACUGCCCUGGGUCCAAAUUGAAGGAAAACUCAAAUACUACUCCUGUGGGCCACUGGGUUGCUGGGGAGUUAACUCAGCUGACACCAUCUUUUACCGGCAUGGUGUCACCCCAGAUUUCUGCGCCGGAUACAGGUGGGAGAACGUGCCUGGCGCGCUUUCCAUGAUUGAGGUUGGGACAGAAGGAGAUGUGUAUGGAGUAAACAGCGCUGGAGACAUUUAUCGCAGGGUUGGAAUCAGUGCUGGCAAUCCCAUUGGAAUCACUUGGAAACAUUUGGGCAAUUACCUUGGACAGAUCAAGCAUGUAUCCUAUGACCUGGGCAUGCUGUGGGUUUUGACUACAGAAGGAAAGAUUUUGAACUGCAAAGAUUGACCAGUCAUUCAUAAUAUCUUUGCCAGCAGUGCUUGCUUUGUUUAUCAUGGCCAGUGGCGUCAAGACAUUAAAAGUUAUCCAGUGAUACGGGCAAAUGCUUCCUGUGUGUCAUCCUCUCUCUUUCACUUGUUGUAUUUUCUGUAACACAAUCCCCUUCUUUGCAUUGAGACUUCUCAUUUAAGGACAGUAAAAUAUCUGAGACAGCUAGAUGCUAUU